AUGGACCUCUACAUCCAGAUUAAGCGCAAGCUUAGUCCACUCAACACGGUUGGUAAUAAACCAAAGAUCAACCGAACCAACAAAAGCACCGACCAAACGAGGAGCUUCAAUGAAAACCGAUUCUCCAUCUUAGCAGAGGCGGACAACAACCAACCAGAGUUGGGGCAGGAGACCCAAAGGAAACCUAAGCCCCCACCUAUUUACAUAAGGGAAAAAAGUUCAAGCGCCCUGGUCAACAAAAUUGUUGCGGUGGUCGGGGACGAGAAUUUCCAUGUUGUUCCGCUUAUUAAAGGGAACAUACACGAAACAAAGGUUCAAACGAAGUCCGAAGAACACUUCCGAGCUGUGUCUUAG